UCAAUAUCCCGCAUUCGCUCUUUUCAAGUUUUCAGCCGUUAAAUUGCGUAUUUUACCGGUAUAUUGUUGUUAUUACAUUGAAACAAUGGAAGAAACAUUAUUAUUUCCGUCGCCAAAUUGGUUUCAAACGUCUGGGCUCAAAGUUACGCGAGAUGGCUGGCUCAUAUAUGGCGGCCCAAGUAAAAGUCUUUGUUUGCUGCAACCUCUUCAUGCCGACGACCAGGGAAUUAUUAUCGAAGAUCAGCGUUUUAAAGCUCACUUUCUAAGCAGAGCACACGCAGAAAAGAUAGUCAGCGUGGAUGUUUCCCCACGAUGGCCAGAAAAAAUGAACUUAUUGACGGGAAGCGCGGAUGGGUCGGUCAAACAAUGGAACAUAGAAGCAACAGAAGGGAUGUACGCGAUUAAAUCAACGCACAGUCACAAUACACACUUGAAUGAGAAAGAAGAAGUGGCAAGCGUAGGGUACAGUGAUGACACAUUUGCAGUUACCGUGGGUGUAUUUGGUAAUAUAGUGAAGUGGGACCUAAACUCUAACAUUGUAAAGGAGUACAGCAAUUUCCUGAAGAACUUCAGACCGACCAGCAUGGCCUGUUCACAACAUAUUCAGCUGAAUGUAGCUAUAGGAACCAAGCAAGGAUUAGUUUUUGUUUUAGACUUGAAUGGUCCUGGAAAACUGUUAUACAAAGUGAGAGCUCAAGAUGAAGAAAUAUUUAAUGUGUCUUGGUGUCCACAAUAUGAGGUACUCCUAAAAAAAUCCCUUCAAGAGUCUGACAGACGAACCAACCUCGCUAAAAGAUUAGGCAACAUAAGAAACAUUGAACCAGAACCAGAAAAUCUGAAUAAGUCAGGAAGAGUUGCAGAAAAUUUUGAUAAAUCAGUGAAAGAAUCAGAAAAUCUUAAUAAAUUAGGAAAAGAAGCAGAAAAUCUUAAUAAAUCAGGGAAAGAAGCAGAAAGUCUUAAUAACUCCGGCAGAGAAAAGGAGAAUCUCAAUAAAUCAGGAAGAGACAAAAAUCUACCAGAAGACAGUUUCGACCAAUCAGUAGUUGAAGAGGAAGAUUUGUUUGAUGUAUACAAAGAUCAUGAGGCAGACGAAUUUGGCCACAAGAAGUUUGAGCCAAUAGAUAUCCUGGUAAAGGUCAAAGAAGAAAAAGUUGAGGAAGAUUUUCUCAGUGAAUGCAAUAAACUGAAAGAAGACAUAUUGAGGAGAAAGAAUGAACCCGAACCAACCAUACAGAGUCUUGUUGAGGCACUGGAUAAUACACAUGUGGGAAACGGAAAUGAAACAAACAAAUCUGAGGACAGCGAUAAAAAUGAAAAGUCACAGAAAGGAUGUGAGAGUAGUGUGCAUGUUCAAAAACAUUUACUGGCCACAAUUAGCAGACAUGGAGCUAUAAGAAUAUGGUCCAAGUCUGGUAAGCUGGUAGCUGGUGGGGCCAUAAAUAUUGGGAAUAAGAAUAAAAAGUCUGGCCCCGUCACACCAAACCUGCUAUGGCUUAAAUCUGAUGUUCUACUACUGACCGAUGGGAAGAAUCAGCUGCUUGAAUGUAAUCCAUUGAAAAUUGACUGUAAAAACAAAUUGGAAUGGAAACUUGUACAUACAUACCACAAAACUGGAUUAUAUGGUAUAGCAAGUAACGCACCGAAAGUGCAGGUAGCUGAAGAGUCAGAUACCAACAACUGGCUGGUAUGGACAGCGGCACAGGACAGAAAUCUAGUGUGCUACUCCUUACUUGAGAAGAAGAAGGUAGCAAUGUAUAACACUUGUGGCGGAUUCAUAUACAACAUUCAACCCUGCCCUUAUGAUGCUUCAAAAGUGGCAGUAGCGGUUGGAGACGGGGCCGUGCGGGUCUGGGAGGCCGAAGUGACCGAGGACGAGACACUUCGCUAUGGCAGAGUGCUGUCUUACUGGCAGAACGUCCAGGGUAAAGUGCUGACUGUGGCCUGGCAUCCCACUAGAGAGAACUUACUAGCGUUCGCUACAGCUGAGGCUAGGGUUGGUACUAUAGACACUAGCGGUAAAAACGAGCGCCCAGCGAGGACGCUAACGCCGGCGCUGCGGGGCGGAGUGUACUCGCUGUGUUGGGGCGAAGACAACGAGUUGUACGCGUGCGGCGGCGGGGAGUGUGUGGUGUACAGAGUCGAUAAACCAGACGCAGAUCCUACACCGCUGAAGGUGGAGUGGGAGGGGCGGGCAUGGUCGCUGUCGGUGGUGUGUUGGCGGGCGGGCGGGCUGCUGUGCGGCGACACCGCUGGCGCCGUCGCCCUGCUGGACCGUGCCGCAGCCGUGCUCACCGCCACCGCCGUGUUCAGCAAAAUGAUACACAGUAUACAGAUUCACCCCGAACAAACAUCGAACUCUAACACCGAGUCGCCCUACAAGAACAUGUUUGCUGUGUGCUCGCUCGACAAGUCAUACAAUAUUGCCAUACUGGAAAUUGAUGACACCGACAAACCGAGUUUACGCAUUUGGAAGACGCUGUCGGGUCACAAAGGCACGGUGCUGCAGCUGGCGUGGAGUCCGCACCACGACGGGCGGCUCAUGUCCACCUCGCAGGAUGGAACUGUUCGGGUGUGGGACAUAUCAACGGGCGCGUGCACGUCAAUAUUCGGCGGCGGGGGCGUGGGCGCGGCGUGGCACUCCGCCCCCGGCCCCGCCUCCACCGCGCUCAGCGGCGGCGCGGACUGCGCACUGCGAGCCUGGUCUGUUGAUGAUCACCCCGCGGAUAGAUAUAUAGAGGUGAUACAAGAAUCAAAGAGUAAAAAGAAAAACAAAGACAGGAAACACGGGAAGAAGGAAGAAAAUGGCGCCUUGGAAGCGAAAAAAGAAGAAACUUCCGAUGAAACAAACGAAGUAGCCGUUACUCUCACUAAAACUAAAGUCUCCAAGAAGUUCCUACUACCGAUUAUAAGUAAACAAUUAACCGAAUGCAAUGUACACAGCGUUAAGAAGCUGGCCAAGAAGUUUCUAGAUGAAGAAGUGGAAAAUGGGGACAAAGAAACGAAAAUUGAAGAUGAUAAUAUAGAUACAGAUUUCGUUAAGAUGUUCGGAAGCACUAAUGAUUUGAACGAAAUAUUAGACUUGGAAAUGGACAAACACCUGGAGAGUCACCGGUUGGAGGCGUGGACGAUGCUGGGCAUUUUCCGGGGGCGAGUCGACGACGUGAUGCAGUUCAACGCGCGCCGCGACCGCCUGUGCCCCUUCCUCGUCAGCCAGGCGCCCGCGGUGUCGCCCAAAUAUUGGAAGGACGUGAUGACAAUGUAUUUGGCGCAAAUGGAUCGCCUCGCGGCCAAUCAAGACACCGAUAAAAUAGAGGCGCGUUCGUACGGCGGCAGCGCGUACCGGCGCGCGGCGCUGCAGCUGAGCGUGCACGACGCGCGCGCGGCGCUCGCCUCGCUCGCGCAGCUCAGACUGUACAAGGAGGCAUAUGUGUUGGCUCGAGUCAGGCACAUGACAACAGCAGCAGAAGGCAUUCUCAGAGAGUGGGCGGAGGAUAGCGUACAGAAUGGCAACAUACCGCAGGCUGCUGUAUGCUACCUCGCUUUGGGCGACGCUUACAAAGCGAGUACGGAGUUAGCCAGGAUGAACAACCAAGAGUUUCUCAAGCUGGCUGCGGACCUGGCGAAGGCGGCCGGCCAGCACACGUUUGCGAAUCACCUCGCAGAGAAGACAGCGAGUAUACAGAACGGUGUCCCGGAGCCAGAAGACGACUUGAAACCGCUGCCAACGAGGAUGGAACUGUUGCAAAUUAAGGCAGAGAAUCUAGAAGAAUAGAAUACAGCUAUCCUCAACCCGCGGCCCGCGUGGGACCCGCCGGGACGCUGGAACUAGUGCAUUUUAAAUUAAAUUAUGAUCUUAAAAAUAUUAUGUUAACGAAAAAAACAUAUCGCACUUCGGGAUUGGCGGCAAAAUAUGUUAAACGGCUGGAAAACGAAACGGGCAUAUGUAACUUCUUUUCCUACGUGGCGCCGGCUGGUCUACUCUUCCUCUUACGAGUCCUCGAUCGAGGCUACGUACCUAGGUAUCCCGCUAGGGAAGUUUUCCCUCAAAGAUGACUUAAAGUGCCAUUAUAUUUUAGUGUAACUCGGCAAAAAUUAGAAGCAUUAUAGCGCCCAAUUGAAACAGAGUAUAGAGGUUGGAAGUACAAGUUUCUUAGCCAGUUUUUAUUGUUAUUCUUAACACAAAUAUUUGUACGAAUCUGUUAGUGUUUUGCUAAAAAAAUGUGAUUUUUAUAGUUUAAUUUAUUUGU